AUGAAAAAGGGAAAGCAGGUCAGCGAAGACAAUGAGCCCCCCACUUACCAGGAGGCCACAGCAGGAUAUGAGGAGAUGCAGGCUCAGUUCUCCUGGGAUGACAAGACCAUCAGGCGGACCUUCAUCAGGAAGGUUUACGCCAUUCUCAUGGUUCAGCUUUUCGUGACUGUGGCUAUUGUUGGUCUCUUCACAUUUUGCGCCCCUGUGAGGUUUUAUAUUCAGACUCAUCCUGGCUUGUACAUGGCAUCUUACAUCAUGUUCUUCUUCACCUAUAUUGCACUCUCCUGCUGUGGAGAUCUGAGGAGGCAGUUUCCCUGGAACAUCAUCCUUUUAGUUUUGUUUACUUUGAGCAUUUCUUUCAUGAUGGGUUUUGUCUCAAGCUUUUACAACACCAAAUCAGUGAUGCUGUGUCUGGGAAUCACGGCUCUGGUGUGUCUCUCUGUCACCAUCUUCAGUUUCCAGAGCAAGAUUGACGUCACAUCGUGUCAGGGCGUCCUGUUUUCUUUGUGCAUGGCCAUGCUUCUCUGCGCCAUCACCAUCUCCAUUGUGGUCCCCUUCGGAUAUGUUCCCUGGCUACACGCUCUUUAUGCUGUGGUAGGAGCCAUCCUCUUCACUCUGUUCCUGGCGUUCGACACUCAGAUGCUGUUGGGGAACAAGCGUUAUUCCAUAAGUCCAGAGGAGUAUGUUUUCGCCACCCUCAGCCUCUACCUGGACAUCAUCUACCUGUUCAGCUUCCUGCUGCAGCUCAUGGGAGAAGGCCGCGGGUGA